CGAUGUUAAUGUCGCGAACUACCUUAUCAUCAAAAUUUUUUAACAACGUUCCUAAAUCGCAGCAACUUGUAGCUAUCACGCAUUAUGAUUUACUGGAUUUAAACAAUAUUCAAUGUUAAAAUGGAAUUGGAAACGUUGUUGCGAAAAUGUGCCUUGACAAAUAAAUUUGAAAAAAAACAAGAAGAAAGUGAAAAAAUAGAGGAUGAAUAUUUUCAAGAAAUAUAUGAUCAGUGGAAAGGAACAAAAGCAAAAGAUAAAGAUUUAACUUAUAAAGUGAUACCUAAAUUCUAUUUUAAGUUACCUAAAGAAGAUGAGAUACUGCCACAAAAACUACGAGAAGAAACGCGUGCAUUGUUUCUACAAAGACGUUCGCGUCAGUUAUUAGAUAAUAAUGAAUUAAAAGCACUGUGGGUCUUGUUAGACAAAUAUCAUAGUCCACCUUUGUCAGGAGAAGAACAGUUGAUUAAUUAUGAAGAUUUUAAAAAAGUGGGCCAAUUGGCUGGUACCAAAUGUAGUCCUUAUUUUACUGCAGUUGUUUUUGCGAAACUUCAACAAGGUGAUCAACAUGGAAGAAUAAGUAUAAUGGCAUUAUUUAAUUAUGUCAUGAGAAAAGUUUGGUUGCAUCAAACACGAAUUGGUCUUUCUUUGUAUGAUGUCACUGGACAAGGAUACCUUAGGGAAUCUGACCUGGAAAAUUAUAUUUUAGAACUGAUACCAACACUGCCACAACUGGAAGGUCUUGAAAAAUCAUUCCAUUCUUUUUAUGUAUGUACAGCUGUUAGGAAAUUUUUAUUCUUUUUGGAUCCUCUCAGAACUGGAAGAGUUCGUAUACAAGAUAUUCUUGCAUGCAGUUUUCUUGAUGAUCUGUUAGAAUUACGAGAUGAAGAUUUACCUAAAGAUUUGCAAGAAGCAAAUUGGUUUUCAGCACCAUCUGCGCUUAAAGUUUAUGGCCAGUAUCUCAACCUUGACAGAGAUCAUAAUGGAAUGCUUAAUAAAGAAGAGCUUGCAGGGUAUGGAACAGGCACUUUGACCGGUGUAUUUUUAGAGAGAGUGUUUCAAGAAUGCUUAACUUAUGAAGGGGAGAUGGAUUACAAAACUUAUUUGGAUUUUGUUUUGGCUUUGGAAAAUCGGCACGAACCUCAAAGCUUACAUUACCUUUUUCGUAUAUUAGAUAUCAAUAAUCGUGGUUAUCUUGAUACAUUUUGUCUUAAUUAUUUUUUUCGAGCAAUACAAGAACAAAUGACAAUGCAUGGUCAAGAACCAGUCAGUUUUGAAGAUGUAAAAGAUGAAAUAUUUGAUAUGGUUAAACCAGCUAAUCCAUGUAAAAUUACAUUACAAGAUUUAUUAUCUUGUGGACAAGGUGAUACAAUGGUGAGUAUUUUAAUAGAAUUUCAUGGUUUCUGGGCUUAUGAAAAUCGUGAAGCUAUGGCUGCUGAUACAGGAGAUGAAUCAUCUCACGUAUGAUAAACUAAAAAUACGAAAAUAACAUCUAUACAUACCCAAAGUUCCUUAAUGACUUUGCUUUAGUAAAAGUGAUGAUAUGAUAUGAUUGGUACUAUAUCAGGGAUGAAUCAUACUGAAACUAUGCGGACUAUAUCCUAAAGCUCCUAAAAUUUGAGGGAGCAUACUUAAAGUCUGCACUUUUUUAUAAAAAAUGAACAAUAUGUAAAAUGAAAAUUUUCAGAUAUGUUAUUUCAAUGUUAUUCUAGAAAGUGUAAGACUAUUGUAUAAGUGAUAUGUAAAUAAAACUAUUUUUAUAAAAAUCUCAAA